AUGAGAUCUCAUACUGGAGAGAAACCAUACAAGUGUAAAAGCUGUGACAAGUGGUUUAGUGAUAAAAGAAAUCUACAUAGACAUGAAAGAUCUCACACUGGAGAGAAGCCAUACCAGUGUAAGACAUGUGACAAGAGGUUUACACAAAAAGAAACUCUAAAAGCACAUAUGAGAUCCCACACUGGAGAGAAGCCAUACCAGUGCAAAACUUGUGACAACUGCUUUGCACGAAAGGAUGCUCUAACAAUACAUGAAAGAUUCCACACUGGAGAGAAGCCAUACCAGUGCAAAACUUGUGACAAGUGGUUUGCACAAAAAAGUCAUCUAACAGUACACGAAAGAUCCCACACUGGAGAGAGGCCAUACCAGUGCAAAACUUGUGACAAGUGGUUUGCACAAAAAAGUCAUCUAACAGUACACGAAAGAUCCCACACUGGAGAGAGGCCAUACCAGUGCAAAACUUGUGACAAAGGGUUUGCACAAAAGGGUGAUCUAACAGGUGAUCUACAUAGACAUGAAAGAUCCCACACUGGAGAGAGGCCAUACCAGUGCAAAACUCGUGACAAAGGGUUUGCACAAAAGGGUGAUCUAACAGUACAUGAAAGAUCCCACACUGGAGAGAAGCCAUACCAGUGCAAAAGCUGUGACAAGUGGUUUACUUAUAGAAGAAAUCUACAUAGACAUGAAAGAUCCCACACUGGAGAGAGGCCAUACCAGUGCAAAACUUGUGACAAAGGGUUUGCACGAAAGGGUGAUCUAACAGUACACGAAAGAUCCCACACUGGAGAGAAGCCAUACCAGUGUAAAAGCUGUGACAAGUGGUUUACUCAGAAGAGAACACUUCAAAGGCAUGAAAAAUUGCACUCUGGACAGCAACAGCCAGAUUCCUCAGAUUGCAAUGAAGCAUUUACUUGCUGGAUUUGUCAGGAAAAACUGAGCAGUGAAUCCCAGCUUAUUAACCACUAUGAAGAACACAUGAAGUUCACUUGA